UCGCCCUCCCUUUUUUCUUCUCUCGUUUAAUAUUCGACCAGUCACACACACACACACACAUUGCUGCUCCGCCUCGAAUAAAAUUUUAAAAUAAGAAAAGACUGAAAGCACAUUGACGUCCGCCCUCCCAUUCAGCGAAAGAAAUUUGAAUCCACGACUCUGGUUUGGAAUUUUAUCCAGCAGUUACGGCCCAACAUCCAUCCUUGUUUCAAUGGCUCUUUUGUAGUCGCUGACCUCUGCAAACAGAAUUCGUUUCGUUUCGUUUUUUUUUUUUUUUUGUUCGAUACCUUUAGAAUUACGUCGUUGUGCAAGUUGUUUUAUUUUUUCUUUUAACUUGUUGGUUCAUCGUGGCUUUUGCGGAAGCGAACGCUGUGGGGGUGUUGCCUCUGUGUGUGUCAACGUGUUUGUGUGUGUGUCAUUUUACUAUCGAAAGUCGUCGAGUCCUGACACACACACACAUCACGUUAAUGUUGUUGCUGCCCCGUUAUAACCAAUUAUUAGUGGCGAGCAAAUUAACAAUUCUUUUUUUCGUGUCAUUGUGCCAAUUUUUGUUCAUCUCCUAUGACGGACCACACGUUAUCCAUCCCCUCCGCUGCACUUCGUUCACACCAUCCGCCGGCUCUCACAACCAACAUGACGGGGCGGCUAUUCAAAUUCUGUACCAUCAAAAUCACAGGCCGAGUCCUUGACGUCAUCGUCCUCGUUCUAGUUAUUGGAGGAUUGAGCUUAUCCUAUUCGGGACUCAUCCGCCCACGUGGAGCAGGGUUCUACUGUGAUGACGAGACCAUCAAAUUUCCAUACAGAGGAGACACUGUGUCUGUUGUGCAACUUUUUCUUGGUAGCCUACUAGCCCCAAUACUCUUUAUACUACCCAUUGAAUUGGUGAAGAAAUGGAGAAAGUCAAGAGAAGAGGCUGUUCGAUCGUACUUGUUAAGCGCCUGGAGAACCUCGUGGUCAGUUUGGAGGGCGGUGCUCCUUGGAAAUUUAGCCGUACUAGUAUUGACAGAGAUCUCCAAGAGUUUGAUCUCUGAAGCACGUCCACACUUUUGGGACACUUGCCAGCCCAACGUCACUAAGGAAAUUUGCGAUUCUGGUUAUAUCGUCGAGUUCAAUUGCACGUCAGAUUACAGCAAUCGUAAGAUCUUGGAUGCCCAGAAAUCGUUUCCUUCGGGUCACACUUCCGUCUCUUUUUUCGCGGCGGCCUUCAUGAUGUGGUACUUAGAUCGCGCUGUUCAGUGGCGUCAUUCCUACUUCUUUAAACCGUGCCUCCAGCUCGUAUGGGCGUGUUUCGCAAUUCUCUGUGCGCUGACUCGCAUCACUGACCGAAGACAUCAUUGGUGGGAUGUGUUGGCAGGAGGAACCUUGGGCUUGUCCGUCGCUUUCAUGCUGGUUCAAGCUGUGAGCAAAAAUGUGCGAUGGGGACAUGAUGACUCGGAUUCUGGUGGUAAUGACUCGACAAAUCAGUUCAAGGACAGCGUUUCCAGUAAUCGCGUAGAUUUUCAGUUAAAAUCUUCCAAUAAUCCAGCGUCAAAUAAUAAACGGCCUUCAGUUCGUCGACUACUCUCCACUUCAUCAGCUGCCACCACCAUUGCCGAAGAUAGUGAAAUCAACAUUUAAAAGAACAAGAGCUUCUCUUUCUUAUAUUCUAAGGACUUUAAUCAUUCGUGGUUUUUUUCCAGAAAAAAACCGGAAACGUUAUUCUAAUCCCGAUUUUCGUGUUCCACCCAACUUUAAAAAAACAAAAGCAAAUGUCGAGUGUAAUUAAAGCAUAGCAUACCCCAGAAAUGCUGCUUCAUUAUGUUAUUUCCAUUAUGCCUUUGCAUAGUGAAGCAUGUUUCCGGUUUUAUCAUACGAUUAUAUGAUUACCUUUGGGUACCACUCUAAGCGGGUAAAAAUACCCAUACGUUUCACUGCACAUUACCUUUUUCCCUGCAAAAUCUGUUGAUUGUCUGUGAAUAUAUUGAAAUAAUAUACAUAUAGAAAGAAAA